GUUUGAGGAGACGGGCGGUUGGAGUAAAGGAGUUGCCGGGCGGUAGUGCACCACAUACGUUUUUAUCGGGAGGAGUCUUCCUGGCAAAAUUGUACUUCAAGAUAAAAUAAAGGAAUCCCUGUGACGACUUUCUAUAAAAACUUUACAUCGACUGCUGCAUUUAUACGCCUGUUUUAACAUCCCCGCAAGUGACGGAAUCAGGGUGUUGGUGAUAGCUAACUUAGGUAAUUAGCGAUAGCUAACAUUAGUUUACUAGCUUUGAAGCACAUUGCAAUUUGACCGCCGCGGUCCCCUUCUCAACGCAGGACAGCACAUUAAUUGUGCCGUUGCACGCCAGCUAACAAAACGAUCGAUAGUUUGCUAACUAGUGUGAGUAAACGUCAAGUUGACCGCUGGAGACGGUAUCUACCUAACGGUAUCUGUUGAUCCCAUCAACACUCAACUCCCCAGCCCCUUCACCCGAAACACUGGAAAUCCACAAGCGGUUGGAGAGCGGCGACGGGCCAGCGGCAGGGAAGCUGGGGGUGGUACCGGAACCGCACGGAGUCGUAGCGGCUUCAGAAAAGACCAGUCGUGGGGACCUACCGACUACUAUGGACGGGCUGGCGGUGGAGGUUCGCGGCUCGAACGGGGCCUUCUACAAGGGGUUCAUCAAAGAUGUCCACGAAGACUCACUCACAAUAGUAUUCGAAAACAACUGGCAACCAGAGAGACAGCUGCCCUUCAGUGACGUUCGGCUGCCGCCCCCAGCCGACUACCACAAGGACAUUGGCGAGGGAGAGGAGGUGGAGGUGUACUCGAGGGCCAACGAGCAGGAGCCAUGUGGCUGGUGGCUGGCCCGGGUGAGAAUGAUGAAGGGAGAGGUGAGUCAGGGACUGUUCUACGUUAUCGAGUACGCAGCGUGCGACGCCACAUACAACGAGAUCGUCACGCACGAACGCAUCCGGCCCGUCAACCCCAACAGUCCUUCCUCCCGAAACUCCUUCCACAAGGUCCCCAUCGCCAUCCCAGAAGACCUACGGAACAUCUGUGCGAACGACAACAUCCAUAAAGACUUCAGGAAAGCCAUUGGAGCCAACUGCAUCUUCUACAGUGCAGCCUCACACGAGCUCAUCGUGCUGUCAACAAAUGAGACAACAGUGAAGCGUGCUGCUCUCCUAAGCGACAUGCACUUCCGCAGCAUCCGUACCAAGCUCAUGCUCAUGUCCCGCAACGAAGAAGCCACUAAACACCUUGAGACAAGUAAGCAGCUGGCAUCUGCGUACCAGGAGGAGGUGAAGGUAAGGGAAGACCUGAUGGGUCUGGCCAUUGGCUCCCACGGUGCCAACAUCCAGCAGGCCAGGAAGGUGCCUGGUGUCACCGCCAUCGAACUGGAGGAGGAGAGCUGCACCUUCAGGAUCUACGGAGAGAACCCAGAAGCAGUGAAGCUGGCCAGGGUUUUCCUGGAGUUCAAAGAAGACUACUUCCAGGUGCCCCGGAACCUCGUAGGAAAAGUGAUCGGCAAGAACGGCAAAGUCAUCCAGGAGAUUGUGGACAAGUCGGGGGUGGUGCGGGUCCGGAUCGAGGGGGACAAUGACAAAAAGCUUCCCCGUGAGGAGGUAGGCAGGCAGGGGGCUGGCAGAGAAGACACUGCCCCUAAACAAGAGGGCAUGGUUCCCUUCGUCUUUGUGGGAACUAAAGAGAACAUCAGCAACGCCCAGGCCCUACUGGAGUACCACGUGGCCUACCUACAGGAAGUGGAGCAGCUGCGUCUGGAGCGGCUGCAGAUUGACGAGCAGCUCCGUCAGAUCGGGGUGGGGUACCGUGCCCCCCCUAGUCGGGUCGGGGGCGCCGGCCCCGGGGACAGGGAGAAGGGCUACCUGACAGACGAGAGCAGCAACUCCACCAACCUCCACACCUCGCGCACCUACGGAGGCCGCGGACGAGGACGCAGGCCCUCCAACAGCCAGUACUCUGGAUAUGGUACUAACUCUGAGCAGUCCAACGCUUCGGAGUCAGAGGACCUUAACGAGCGCGACCAGCGGCCCCGAGGCGUGGGCGGAGAUGAGAGGGGUUCCCGUCGGGGUGGCAGGGGCCGUGGAGCCAACACCGGACGGGGUCGCGGAGGACCCGCCUCAAGGACUACCAACUCGAUCAGCUCAGUGCUGAGGGACCCGGACAGCAACCCAUUCUCCCUGCUGGAGGGUGAGAGUGAGCAGGGCGACACGGACACCAGCGAGGGAGUGGGAGGAGUAGACCGCAGGAGACGCUCCCGCCGUCGCCGUAACGACCAGGAGCCGAGUGUGAUGGACGCCGCCGCCACAGAGUCAGACAGCCAGGCCGGACCCAACGAGAACGGACUGGAUGAGGAGGGCCGACCCCAGCGCCGCAACAGGAGCCGCCGCCGCCGUAACCGCGGCAACCACCCCGAGGGAGGAUCCCUCAGCCGUGACAGACAGCCAGCCGAGGGUGAGCAGUGUGUCAGACGUCCCAAACCUCCCUCCCUGUUGUCAGUCUGGACCUUAGAGGAAAAUGUGACCGUGGCAGACUACAUAUCCCGCGCCGAGUCGCAGAGCCGACAGAGCCUUCCCCUGGAGACACUUGCUGCUUCCGAGCCUAAGGAGAACGGGAGCAGCACCAAGAAGGAGGAGCUCACGGCGCCCUCCAAGCGUUCCCCUAGCAACGGCAUGGCCAUGCCCAGCGAGACCCUGGUCAACGGCGUCUCGUAGAGGACUAGGUUCCGCCCCCUAAAAACCCAGGUCGAGAGCAAGACUUCAUGGCAAACUCUGUCCCUGCUUGCAUUUACUUAAACCUUAAAACAGAUGAGUGAAAAACAACAAAAUACCUGAUUCAUACUUUGAGUGAGAGGGGGGAGAGAAAAAGUACAAAAAAACGACAGUCGCAUCUUACUUAAACACACGUAACGGUGUAUGUUAUCCUAUCUAUCAGUACUUAGUGCUUAUUUUAAAAAACAACUAGCUUGCCAAAAGGGCUGGUGGAUAUGACUUGAUUUUAAAAGAGAACUGAAUCUCAAACAGGACGAGACAAUUAUUAUUAUUAUUAUUUUUUGUUAAUGUUAUCACUGGUUUGGACUUGUGGUCGCUCUCCCAUUCAAACAGAAGCAUCUCUAAAAGUUGAGGAGGAUAGAUGCCAGCUGGAGAAAGGGAGGAAUAGGCGGAUGAGUCCAAGCGGUGAAGAACAAGUGUCAGGAGUUCUACGUACCCUGGCCUAAAUGUCGGUUGGUGAUGACGGACAGACGGAUGUGAUUAUUGAUCGACAUUGUGCCUUGAAUUUGAAAAAGUUCAUUGUUGAGUUUUGUGUCACAGGAAAGAGGUUUUUAUUUUAUUUUUGCUCAAAGAGAACAGACCAGUAGUGAGGGAAUGGGAGUUAAACGAGUGCAGAGGUGUUAACUGUGGUAGGACAGAAAACAAGGGAACGAGUGACUGGCCAGAAAGUCUGGUGCCAAACAAAAAAUUCAAGGCGCUUGUCCUCAGUGAGAGUGGACUGGACAGCGUUUGGGCUGUGUGGGUGUGUGUGUGUGUGAGAGAGAUUGUGUUUGUACGUACGUGUGCACAGUUGAGAGAGCUGGCAACCACAGGAUUAAAAUCGGGGGGAGAACACUGAAUUCUUGGAACAUAGCCCUGGGUCGGUGGUGAGGUCACAAAGGCAGGCGAGGCCGCUCUUUUGGCCGGGCGGGUAGGAGGAAGUGUUGCAUCACUUCCCGUCUCCCAUGCUCGACACUAGUGUCCAGGGCUGUCCCUAUACAUCCUGACAGACUGACUGACCGACAGACAAUGAGAGGUUAAGGACUUGAUGAUAUAUGGAUCGAUUUAGACUUUAAACAAAUGAGAAUUUUAGUGCCUCUUUUUCUCAUGGCCCACUACUCAUGGCCCACUAGCAGUGUGGAAUAGAGAGGUAGGGUAGCACGGCGCUCUAGCUUCCAGCCACACUUACUAAUGCCUGGGUGAACUGCAGAAUGGCGGUCUGAACGCACACGCCACGAGGGAAGGGAGGUAGACGGUUGAAGGCGAGCCACGUUGUUUCACCCUUCUAGAAUGGUCCCUGUGGUCGUGGCUGGGGGAGGAGACAGGCAGACUGACUGAUGCGCACAGCUUCAAAAGGGAUGAGUAGAGCCAUAUACACACGGGCUUACACAGAUGCACGACCGCACCACGACACUGUUGCAAUUCAGUCACGGGCGGAGGGGUUCAGUCAGUGUGGUCGACUGUGCGUUGCGUUCAAAGGAGAAAUGACAGUGUUUUGAGAUGAACUAUAAGCGAGAUGGUUGUCCGGUUCCUAAAGGUGGCGGUCGACAGGCGGGAGGGGGGGGGAGAGUGACUCAGAAACCCUUGGUGGCUCAUGUUACUGUCUUGGUUACCUCUCUCAACUGCGUUUUGUUCUUUCCACAUAGAAAAGAUGAAAUAAAAUGGAAAUGAAAUCAACUAUCUUUUGAGAUGAACUGAUUGAUUUCUUCUGUCUGAGUUUGCACUAUUUUUCUAAAACAAUCAACAAACCAACUGCAUGAUCAUUCAGCGGUAGCUUUGCACGAGGGAGAGGGUUCACGUUUCAGUUUCACCAUUAUUUUAUCCGCUACUAGAACUGCUGCUAAUGUCCACCUUGAAUGUGUUUUAGAAUCCAUACCGUAGACACUUAAGUACUGUUGUGGCUUCGGUAUACCUUUCCGCCACUCAAAUUCACCCACAAUAUGGCUGCCUUUUUACAAGGAUGACUAAGAAUAAAAUAAACCCCAUCUCCUUAGUGUAAUGGUUUCUUACCCUCAUUAAAUACUUAUUGUAAUACUCAGUGUAACAUUGAGCAUGAUAGAUGUUCACACAAGUAUUGAGGCUAGUUAGGGAUUGUGUUUACUGAAUUAAAGUCACCCAGAUUGAUUAACCCCUUUCGUUUCAACCGUCUGCGUGUUAAUGCGUCAGCGGCGCGUUGAUUAUUUCUAUCUUUGGUUCAUUUGUGCAUGCUUGCAUGUAGGAUUGAGAAAAAUGGAUUUUGUCUUUUUAUAGUGUGAAAUGUAUACCUCCGUUGUCUUUAAUACUAUCUGCCGCUUGUGGCUCACUUUCCCCAUGUCUUUCUGGGUGGAGAGAAUGUUGACCCUUUCUGUGUGUGUAUCCUAGUAGUACUGUUCAGGUACUGUCAACUCCUCAGUGUCAGGUAGGCUGGUCUUCACACAUGUUCUGAUGGCAAUAAAGGACUUCAUUGUUUGAUAA